UUCAUGUGAUAUGUACAAAUGUGUUUUCUCCUUGAAAUUUAGCUUGUGAAUAAUGUAGAGUGGUCAAUUAAUAAACAUCAAAGUCUUUGGUGCAUGGGACCUUUGUUUUCAUCUCGAAGAUGCUGGUGAUUUUUUGUUUUUUUGGGGGGGGGGGUUGUAAUAAACAAUGAAUUAUGAUAUUAUCAGCAAUGGCUGGCACUGAUCACGACAGUUCCCCAUUCCUAAGUUAAUUCUUCUUACCUGGAUCACAGGAAGCGCAGGCAACUGUAGAUCAGAACGCAGAUGGGUGAACAAUCUCUCCAACCUGAUCUUGUAUAAUUUGGCAUCUUCAUGCUCAAUUGUGUCGCUUUCUCCUUGAUACCACAGAAGUGCUCUGAUAAUCCCGCCACCUUGCAAGGCGCCCUCCGCCCUCCUAAUCAGCCGGUUGUACAGCUCUCUGCCACGGCCCCACUCACUGAUCUUUGUACCUCCAAUGGCACAAGGGACCAAACCAAUGACCCCAAUACUCGAGUCCUUACUCAUAACAGAAUUUGCAAACGCCAUCCCCGGCCCAACCCCACAAGUGUUGUUCACAUCUAUAUCCUUGUGCAAGGGGUCCUGAGCUUGCACCCAAGUCUGGACGGCACUCAGCCGGCGAAUGCUUGGUGUUUUUGAUUGGGACUGAAAUGGGAUGACACCAUCCCAGGUGCGAUUGAUUACGCCGCCUCUGCCGGACAUGUUGCUUUGCCCGGCCAGCAGGAAUAUGCUCUGGACUUGUGAAGGAGGAGGAGAGUAUACAUUGUUGGAAUUCACAGGGCUCACCAACCUGGCGUAGGCUAGAAGCAUUAGCCAAAGAAAGGCAAACAUCCCUUUAUUGAUAGAUGAUGCAGCACCCAAUCCAGACAAACCUUAUGCUGCCCGUAUGGAAUUCAGAGCUAGUUGGACCACUUUGGAAGCAAGAAUAUAAUAAGCAGGCCUGAUGAUAUUAAAUAGUCACGGACUGUAACUUCUUCGCUCGCAAACUUUGAUUACAGGUUAGUAAUCGUUGAGUUGCUAAGAAUUGCCGCGUACACAUCCGACGAUUUCCACACCAACAUAUAUAUGUUGAUUUACUGAAUGGUAAGAAAGGAUGGAUCGCUUUUUACAAAGAAGAUUUCGCUCUUAAAAGAAACCUAUAGUUCUAACAUACACCUUGUCCCAAUCUCUGCGUUGAUAAAUCGAAUCAAAACUAUUCAAACCUUCUUUUUCUUUAAAAAAAAUUUUUUUUGAUUUUUGCUAAUGCCUUAAUUUUCUAAUGGUUCCAAUAUUGUUAGUCAAAUCAAAUGUGAAGAGGAACAAUGAUCUCCAAACGCGGUAGUCACUGACUAGGUCGUUGUGGGGGCAGAAAUUAAUAAUGCAUUAAUUGCAUGAGAUCUAAAGAGAUGCCUAAAUGUGAUAGUAAUAUGUUAUUUUGGUAGAAGCAAUACACAUACGGAUUUGACUUUAAUUUGAUGCAUAUAUUAUGCAUAGUGAUUGGUUAUGUUUUUAAGGAUGAAGGUAAACCUCCCUUACAUAAUCUCUAAGAUCUCAACUGCUCGAGAGUCAAUAGCUUUUUGCUUUAAGAAUUGCUUGCUACUCAAGUCAAUAUACAUAAUAGCAGAGAAAAAGAAUUUCGUGUCACCUAUAUUGUUGUGUUCAGGAUCAAGGAGGCAUCUUUAUGCAUAGUUUUGAAAAGCUACUAUUUGAAAGUUCAUUACAUGAAAAUAUAUGCAUGUACUUUUAUUUCUUAGCCUCCCACUAGAGGCGUAUAGAGACUUUGAAUGAACUGAGUUCUCUUUAUUACAUGUUAUUCAAGCCGUGUGGAAACUGAGAAACUAAACCUUUGAGUCAGUCAGGAUUUGAUAUUCUUGAUCGAAUUCUAACUUUUUGACUGGGGCAUCCUUUGAGUCCUUCCAAGUUCUAUGCUGACUUUCUUAGGAUGAAGAACAAGCGAUGAUUAAGGCAUAAAAGCACUCGGACCGGGUCGGACCAUUACUACUUGUGGGCACGGAAAUCAGGGGCAAUCAGAGUCCAGCAAGUAGACCCUUCUGAGGAUGGUGCAGUGAAGUGAAGGGCCUUAAUUGUACUAAAUUGCAUGCCUGGAAACUGGUAGUACUAAAUUCAAUUGUGGGUGGCCUCAAUGGUACUCUAGGAGGCCCAUUCAUUCUGCAGGUGGAUCAUUAAUUGGAGCAGUCGCAGUUGUUGCUCAUGCCAUGGCUACCCUGCUUCGAUUUCUCCUUUCUUCAUUACUCCUGUCGUUGCCACUGCCAUCUUUCUCGAGAACCUAUACAAGUUUAACAAAGGGCUCAUCGCUUUCGACUCGGGAUUUUCUUGUUUCGACCCCAGAUGCCAUUUUCGCCGCUGGAUUUUUCAGCGUCGGUGAAAAUUCUUACUGCUUUUCUGUAUGGUUCGCUGAGCGAUAUGGUGAUAAUCACACAAUAGUUUGGAUGGCCAAUCGAGAUCAGCCGGUUAACGGACAGCACACCAAGCUGAUUCUACAAAAUUCAGGCAAUCUUGAGUUGACUGAUGCGGGACAGCUUCUUGUUUGGUCAAGUGCUACUGAAUCAAGCUCUUCUGUUCAAUUGGAACUUCAUGAUAAUGGUAACCUUAUUCUGAGCACUUCUGAUGGCCAAAAUCUUUGGCAAAGUUUUGAUUCCGCUACAGAUACUCUCCUUCCCGAGCAACUGUUUACCAGAAACUCAAUUCUUGUUUCCUCCAGAAGCAAAACUAAUUAUUCCUCUGGUUUUUACAAGUUAUAUUUCGGUAGCGAUAAUGUCCUGCAUCUCCGGUACGAGGGCCCUGAAAUAACUAAUGUUUUCUGGCCUGAUCCAACGCUUGUUAUCUGGACCGCAGGCAGGUCCACCUACAACAGUAGUAAAGUUGCCAUGUUAAACUCAUCAGGCUACUUCUUGUCAUCUGAUACACUUCAGUUUAAUACUUCUGAUUGUGGUGUUAGACUUCAGAGAAGAUUGGUAAUGGAUGUUGAUGGCAACCUUCGGGUCUAUAGUCUAGAUAAGGCCACUCAGAGCUGGCAGGUUACAUGGCAACAAAGCUCUGAACCAUGCAGUAUUCCUGGCAUUUGUGGCGCCAACAGCAUAUGUAGCUCUGCUCCUGACAGUGAGAGGAAAUGCACUUGUCUACCUGGAUAUAAGAUGAACAAUUUGACGGAUUGGUCUAAUGGGUGUGAGCCGGAUUUCAAGCUCUCGUGCAAUGACACUGUUUCAUCAGGUUUUGUCCAAUUGCUCAAUGUCCAAUAUAAUGGCUACGAUCUUGGCUCGUUCACUAAUUACACCUUCGAGAGUUGUAAAAACUUAUGCUUGAGUUAUUGUGAAUGCAAAGGAUUUCAAUAUACGUUUGACUUAGUAAAUGGCUACUAUAGUUGUAAGCCCAAGACUAUUUUAUUCAAUGGAUAUCGUUCGGGUGAUUUUCCAGAUCCCAUGUACAUAAGAGUACCCACAAUAAAUCUGAAUACGAUUAAGCCUAGCCGAGAUCUAAAUUUGCAAUGCACUGCCCAGAUUACGCCAUUGGACAGGACUUAUGAAAGAAAAAACCAAGAUUGGGUGAAGUCCUUUCUGUGGUGUACUCUGGCUAUUGGAGCUUUCGAGAUAAUCUGUUUAUUCACUUACUUCUUCAAAACCCAAAGACGGUCUAGUGCAAAGAUACAGGGCUACCUUCAGGUUGCAACGGGAUUUAGGAAAUUCAGUUAUGCCGAGCUGAAGAAGGCAACAAGGAACUUCAGCGAAGAAAUAGGACAAGGAGGGGGUGGUGUUGUAUACAAAGGCAUGUUGUCGGAUAAUCGAGUUGCUGCGAUCAAGUAUCUGAAGGAAGCAAUCCAAGGAGAAGCUGAAUUUCUUGCGGAGAUAAGCACCAUUGGGAGGCUCAACCAUAUGAAUUUGAUAGAAAUAUGGGGCUAUUGUGCCGAGGGGAAGCACAGGCUUUUGGUGUAUGAAUACAUGGAACACGGGACUCUAGCAAACAGUUUGUGUUCUGAUAAACUUGAUUGGAAGAAGAGAUAUGAAAUUGCUCUAGGUACAGCCAGGGGACUUGCUUACCUGCACGAAGAGUGCCUUGAGUGGGUUUUGCAUUGUGAUGUGAAGCCCGAAAACAUACUUUUGAACUCUGGUUAUCAGCCAAAGGUAGCAGACUUUGGGCUCUCUAAACUGCUGAACAGAAGUGGUAUUGACAAUCUACAAUUUUCCAAGAUUAGGGGAACUAGAGGUUACAUGGCACCCGAAUGGGCUUUCAACCUUCCAAUCACUUCUAAGGUUGAUGUCUAUAGCUACGGAAUUGUUGUGUUGGAACUAAUAACUGGAAGGAGACCUACAGGUGGAAAUUCUAAUGAUGACAGCAGCGCGGUUGAGCCGAGAAGGCUUGUGAGUUGGGUGAAGGGGAAAAUGCAGGAAGCUGAUGGAAGAGGAUCACCUACAUCUGUUAUGGGAAUUGUUGACCCUGCCCUGGAUGGUGAAUUCGAUAUGGAGCGGAUGGAAAUUUUGGUUAAAGUUGCUCUGAAGUGUGCAGAGGAGGACAUAGAUGCCAGGCCAACAAUGAGGGAGGUGGUGGACAUUCUGCUUCAUCAAGAGAGUGAAGGAGCAGUAAUGUUCUAGUAAGCCUAUAGCUCCUUAUGAUGUUCCAGAAAUCUGAAAUUCAAUUUGCUCAAGAAAUCUUGUGAAUGUUGUAUGUCCUAAUCAACAGUUAUACGUCUCUGGUUUUAUUGAAAUCCACCCUUUUUCUUUUUUCCU